AUGGAAGUCCGACUACGUCAAAUGCCUCACCGCGCCGGCAAUAUUUUCAAAAUCCAAUAUUCCAUUGGGUGGAGUGACCCUGAUCCAGCACUUGAAAGAAACUACUUCAAUCAAACAAGGGUUACACACGAUUUCAUGACAACAUUCGUAUCAAAGAAUCCAAGUGGUGCGUUCUUGAACUACAGAGAUCUUGACAUCGGCGUGAUGACCGGAGACAGUUACAGUGAAGGUAAAGUUUACGGGCAGUAUCAUCGUCUUAAUUUUGAUUGUUGUCCUGAGGUUCACAGUGAGUUUAUUCCUUUGAUUAGUUUUGGGAAUGCUUCAAUUUUGCUGCUGUUUAUAUCUAUAGUUUUACCAAAAGAUUUUAUUGAAUAUGAGUAA